AUGUUUGCUCAACCCAUUGCUGCUAUUAGUCCAAUGAAUAAUACUUGGACUAGAAAUUAUCAAACUAUUGAUUUUGGUAAUUAUGGUUAUGGAAUCUAUUCACAAGAUGUUGAACUUUAUCGUAAUCCAUAUACAGGACGUGUUAAUGUUGAACGUGAAGUUGAUUUUAUUCCAAUAGGUAAUCAAUAUUCUCAACCUAUAACUGGUAUUCCUGCAGCUAUUCAUCAACAUUAUAUAAAUUAA